AUGCCAGAAGUAGGCGUUUAUCCCUCCCAGGAAAUUAAUGCGUUCGCCACUGGUCCGGCCGGUAAUACUUUAACUGCUUUUUCCAGCAAUCUUAUUGAAACAAUGAGCAUCGAAGAAAUUAGAGGAGUAGUAGGCCACGAACUAUCUCACCUUAUCCACUAUGACAUUGGACGGAUUUUGUUGCCUAGUGAAGAGGAGCGAAGGACCGGUGAACUUAGUAUUAUUAAGUGGUUUUUCAAAAUGAUACUUUUUCAAAUAAUUACUGGUAUUGUGCGGUUGAUUGAAGGAGUUGAUUUAACUGAGGAUGAAAAUGUUCAACAAGGAGAGCCUAAUUCUAUUGCUCUUUUAAAAUUUAAUCCAGAAAAGAAAAAAAAGAGCCUACUAGAUUUAUUUCGUACUCAUCCCACUUUGGAAGAGAGGAUUGAGAGACUAGAAAAAUUAAGAAGUCAGCAAAAACUGCCCGGCAUUGUUUAA